AUGGAUACAUCACCAGAUGACAGGUUUGACUGGCAGAUCCCCUGUAUCUUAUGGUACUUAAAAAACAACGAGACUGUGUCUUACGACCAAGCCCAAGCUGCUUGCUCCAUGCACAAGUCAGUUGAAGAGUUGACAACGGUGAACAGAGUCAUCUACUGGCUGACAGCGAUUCUCAUCCUCAUUCCUAAUGUUGCUAUGUUCUUAGGAAUCAUUGGAACACGAAAGCUCCACAAACCGCUCUAUUUCUAUAUGGCCAAUCUUGCCGCAUCGGACGUCCUUACAGGCAUUGGACUCAUGUGUUACAGUGAAACCUGGAAGGGAAUGGGAGAGGGAAUGACUGGACUGUAUGUCUUAAUGAACAUUAUGACACUCUUCCUGUACAGUCAGCUCAUGUCUGCCUCGGCUCUAGCCCUACUGUCCAUUGACUCCUAUGUUGCCGUACGCCAUCCUAUCUAUUUCCACACCCAUGCCCAUAUCGCCAAACGUAAUGCAGGUAUUGCCAUGGCCUCUUCGUGGAUUGUUCUGACUUUGUUGACUUUCACACCCAGUAUGGGUUGGAACUGCCUGGACAUGACCAUAUCAGAGUGUUCUCAGUUCUUCCCCCGACCCUUUAUCGGUCUUGUAGGUGCUAUCAUCAUCCUUUUCGCCAUCAUCAUGCUGUUCACAAACACCAGCGUGUAUCUGGCGAUCAGACAACGCCAAAAGAACAGGCUCGGGCAACCAGUUGAGACCCAGCCACUCCAAGGCAACAACCCGGCACAAAACGUGGCUGGGAAUCCCCGGGCUCAAAACGUUGUACAGAACGAGGCAGAUAGAAAAUUCCAAAGAAGUGUGCGGAAGGCAAGGACGGUUCUGAUUCAUGUGAUGGUGGCGUGUAUCUUCCUGUUAGUACCACUUGCGCUCGGCCCGAUAUGUGACACUCUUGGAGAGAAAUGCACACUUCCCGUUUCGCCACAAUUCGCCGUGUUGGUACUGACACUCAACUCCGUUAUCAACCCUAUUGUAAGUAUCGUCCGCACGCCAGACUUAAGAAAAGCAAUUUGGGAAAAACUCGUGGCAAUCCAAAGAGCACUUCGUACAGUUAUGCGGGGAAACCGUGUAAAUCCACAGGAAGACCAACCUGCACAUGGGAAUGCACUGGAACUGCAGGCAGCUGCUGCAGUUAGAAGUAAACAAACCACUUCAUCAUCACAGCAAACUGAAGGACAAAGCAAAACCGUGGUCAAUCAGACUGGGGAGAGGCUAGAAGCAGUUUCCUUCACACCAAAUAAGAGUGAAAACCUUGCCAUCGUAGAAAUUGACUGA